UCCAAUGGAUACCUUCACAUUUCAACUUCAGGCACUCCAUUAAUCAGCCAGCAAAGAUGACUCUUCUGUUCAAGCCGAUGUCGCUGUGUGUAGUGUUCGUCUUACUAAGCGCUACGGCCGCGCAGCAAUACGCUUCACCACCCGCACGACCUACAUCUUAUGGAGGUGGAGGCGAUGGAGGGGGCAGCAAUGAUUCUCCGGCUUCAUACUCGUAUUCCUACACCAACAAAGACGCUGCAUCUGGCAACCAAUUCGGCCACGGCGAAGAGCGCAACCGGGACUCCACUCAGGGUCAGUACCGCGUCCUCCUACCCGACGGACGGACGCAGAUUGUGCGCUACAACGUCAACGGCAACGCCGGCUACAUUGCUGACGUCACGUACGAAGGCACCGCACACGCCGCGCCACCUAGCGGCGGCGGCAACCAGCUAUCUUAUGGCCAAUAGGUCGCAUAAAACAAGCAGAAAAAUUUCAUAUUGUCAAAAUAGUGACAGGUUUUCUGCAACUGGAACACAUGCGUCAUUUUGGCGGGCUAAACUGGGUCAGGAUGACCCACCUAGAGGCAAGAAAUGCAUCAGUACCUAUUUUGACUCUCACUCAUUUCUCUCUUGAAGACACUGGAGCACAGAUUGUUAAAUUUGUUGGCCAAAUAACCAAUUUAGAUCGUUUUUGAAAUUUGAAUCUGCUGAAAUAUACGUCGAUUGCAAAUAAACCCUCUCACUUAA